GAGCGAAGCGCCAACGCUUCGGUGUGCAAGCCAAUCUUGAAUGUCCGCCGCACGCCCGCCGCGCGCGCGCGCGCGCGCGCGCGCCCAGCAGCAUGCUUGCAGCAUCUCGCCAUGCCGCAGUCCUAAUUUCCUGCUUGCAGCUCUUGCAGGCUGUACGUAACUGUACCUAUUCCUCCUCUGCAUCGAAUUGCUCAUGCCCGUCGACGCCCAAUGCGAGGGUACGCAAUGUGGUCUUCAAGAAGAAACGUUGCAGGCAGGUCGUACAUGUCGUUUGCGCCAACACUUUUCGGUCGCGCGAUGGAGCGCGUCGCGUGAAUGGCGGCGUUCUGACACGUGACGAGCUCUGCCUGUCUGAUUGUGCCGCCUCGAAUAAGCACGUCAAGAGGUUCGAAAAGCAACAACCUCUUCUGUACGUCUGCCUUUGCUGGAUUCGAACCGCUACGGCGUGCCUGAGGAUGGAAUCGAUCCGGCCUCGUCGUGCGCGCUUCUGAGCUGCUCGCCGUGAUCACCUGGGCCCUCACGCGUCAGACCCAAGAGAUGGUAAAUUCGAUCCCAUUUCCAAAUCAUGCCUCCGAGCGCCUCCCGAUCGCGAGCAGGUGCUCUUGAAGCAGCGCGAGCGCUUUGUAUCUGUGCGAUAGCUACAUUGAAUCAUUGGCAAGUCAGCAAACAAAAGUUCCUUUGUACGGCGCUUCGAAGCAGACAGACCUUGUUCUUUUCCUCUGCGCUCAUCUCGGCAU